AUGCAAGAGCGGCAACAGUUCAAAGUGUCCAAAAUCGCACAAGUCUCUAAUGUACUUGAGCCAGAGGGAGCGCGCACAGUCCACGAAACGAUAGCCCAGCAACCAGCUGAGCGUCGGAUGAAGCUGAUCGAGCCUACUACCGCUCCCGCAAGCCGCCUUCAGUUCCAGAGAGGCGGGUCCGCUGGAGAGGGCUUCCUGGAUUGGCAGCAGCAAAGCGCUGGGACCAGAGGUGAUGGUGGUGGUGACAGUGACAGCAGUAGCAGUGGUAGUUUCACCAUCAGGCACUCCAUGGGUCUGGUGUCCCGCCUCGUCAAAUUGCUGGAACAGGGCAACUAUAGCGACGUCACUCUGCGCCUGGAGACAAUCGGCACGGAUGAGGUGCGGGUGAUCCGAGCCCACAGACUGGUGCUGACGCUGCAGAGCAACGUCUUCGAGGAGCUGCUGAGGAACCAGAGCAGCAAGACACUGGUCAUCCGGGAGAGCGCAGAGAGUGUGGCCGCCUUCGACAAGUUCAUCAGGUACCUGUACUGCGGUGAGCUGGCCGUGCGUCUGGAGCAGGCCACCACCCUGCACCUACUGGCCACCAAGUUCAACGUGUCGCUGCUGCGGGAUGGCCUGAGCCAGCUGAUGAGCGAGAGCCUGGCCGGAGAGAGCGAGGCGGCGGGCAGCCGGGCGGUGCGCUGGUACGAGUACGCUGUGACGUCGGGAGACGAGGCGCUCCGCAACAGCUGCCUGCGUUACCUCACCUGGAACCUGACGUCUGCGCUGCGCAGCCGCGACUGGCCCGAGAUGAGCGCCCCCUUGCUGCUGACGCUGCUACAGCGCUCGGACCUGGUGCUGCAGAGUGAGUUGGAGCUGUUUGAGGCUGUGGAGGCGUGGCUUGAGCGGCAGGACCCGGACGCGCUGACGGCCGAGAACGCGCUGCGCUCCAUACGCUACGCCAUGAUGGCGCCGUGCGAGCUGUUCCGCCUGCAGCGGGAGUCGGGCAUCCUGCAACGCUACGCCGAGUCCGUGCGUGACCUGCUCUUCAUGUCCUACCAGUUCCACUCCGCGCCGCCGCUGCAACUUGCCAAGUUCUUCGACGUCAAUUGCAGUCUGUUUGCGCCGCGUAACUACCUGGGCUCGGCGUGGGGCGUGCCCUGGGUGAUUGGGAGCCCCGCACGUGACGACCGCAGCCUCAGCUUCCAAACGCAGCUGGGCCCCAGUGGCCACGAGGCCGGCAAGCGCGUCACAUGGAACGCGCUCUUCUCGCCAAGGUGGCUGCCGCUCAACCAGAGGCCGCCGUUCUCUGCCGAGCAGGCCAUGCAGCCGCCCAACCCUCGCUCCGAGGACCGCGGCCGCCCGCGCGUCAUCGUCACCCCGGCAACCUCCAGCGGCGACAUGGCGGGCGUCAGCUUCCAGAAGACGCUCCUGGUGGUGGCCAGGCAGCAGGGCAAGAUGGCGGUGCGGCACGUCUACAACUUCCACCAGAGCACGGAGGAGGCUGGAGACUUCCUGGAGGGCGUCGACCUGCAGCGGCGUGGCUCUGCCUACCUGCCCAACGGCGCUCUGCACCUGCACCUCAUCGUCAAGCCCCUCUACCAGAGCCUCCUCGCACCCAAGAACUGA